CUCCAUCCGGCUUCAUUUCCUUCCUGUUGUUUUGCAAGUAUGGAGCUUCACGGCGAACGCGUGUCUAGUGCUGCAGCUUCGUCGUCUUCUGGGGACCGCUCGCAGGUCACGGUGUCCAGGGAGCUGCUGACCGCAGGGAGCGAGGGCUCAGGAGGUAUCUGGGACCAGUUGCUUAUCAGCUCUAAGCCUCAUUUCAGGAAGACCUCUAGUCUUCAAACAGCUUGGGUGCAGAGGAGCCCUUUGUUAGACCAGGUUCAGGCCUUUCUCCCACAAAUGGCCCAGGCAAAUGAAAAGCUACGAAAGGAAAUGGCCGUCGCUCCAGCUGACCGCUUCAAUAUUGAAACUAUUGAUGGGACAUCCGGAAACAUCAUACAGAUGGAUGUGGCCUUAUUUGAGAUGAAUCGGUCAGAUUCAAAAGAAGAGAGUUCAGAAGAGAGCUCACAGGAUGACUCUGAGAACAGCUCAGAGUCUGAAGAUGAAGACUGCAUCCCCUCCGAAGUCACCGUAGACAACAUAAAGCUUCCGCAUGCAGAAGGUGGCAGAGGCAAGAUUGAAGUUUUAGACAGUCCGGCAAGUAAAAAAAGAAGCAGUGAGAUAGACCAAUGAGAAGAGACAGGUGCUCCCCGCCUGUGACUUGUGGGGAAGGUGGAUUCUGGGGUGAAGGGCUUCAGGGUGCCUGUGGUACCCUUCAAGUGUCAAAAAGAAAACGUGAUGAUCUGGGCAUCUUCUAAAUAGAAAGUGACAGAGCCCAACUGCAGAGGGUAGUGCCCUUGGACGCUGAUGAGUGAAAUAUGGAAGAAAUAACUUGAUCGGUUACGUGCAGGCAUUUGUCCAAGUUGACAUCUCUGCACAGUGGCCUGUGACUCAGUGAAGCUAACCUAUUGUGAAGCUAAAAUAAGGCUAUUGGUUACAAAAUUCCCACUUAUAAAUUAGGUACCAAGGGAGGUUGCAGUUCCUUGUAAGGGAACUGGGUACUAGAGACCAGCCCAGGAUAAUGGCGCCCUGCCAUUUAAGGUGUGAUGGUGGCUAUAUUUUAUUCAAGGUAAUCAAGACUGCCUCUUAAAGAUUUGUAAGGUGCAACAUUCAAGUAAAGAGGUUUGGUGUUUACAAAUCUCUGUGCUAUAUCACUGUGUUGCUGUAUGAAUAUGGAUUCAUAUAAACAUUGUCUUCAAAUUGUAA